GUAGGCGUAUCAGCGUGGUCUUCCCUGUCCUUCACGUCUGUCCACAUCCUGCUAGGCUCCUUUCCGCUGCACAACUAUGGCUCUGCUCAAGUCCAACAAGGUGAUCCACUGCCUGGGCAACAUCUCCCCGGCCCUAGGAGCUCUGUCCAGCCGCAACAGCUCAUGGUGGGCUGGAGUGCAGAUGGGUCCCCCUGAUCCCAUCCUGGGGGUGACAGAGGCCUUCAAGAGGGACACCAACCCAAAGAAGAUGAACCUCGGCGUGGGAGCCUACAGAGAUGACCAGGGGAAACCUUUUGUGCUCAGCUGUGUUCGUAAGGCAGAGGCUUUGAUGGCAUCCAAACAGCUGGAUAAGGAGUACCUGCCCAUCGGUGGUUUUGGUGAAUUUACCAAGGCCUGCGCCCAGCUGGCGCUCGGUGCCGACAACGAGGUGCUGAAGAGCGGCAGAAGCGUCACUGUUCAGACCAUCUCAGGAACUGGAUCACUGCGCAUCGGGGGAAAUUACCUGGCUCGGUUCCAUACAGGUCCACAUGAUGUGUACCUGCCCAAACCCUCCUGGGGGAACCACACACCCAUCUUCAGAGAUGCUGGCAUGCAGCUCAAAGCGUACAGAUACUACGACCCGUCCACCUGCGGCUUCGACUUCAAAGGAGCCCUGGACGACAUCUCUAAAAUCCCAGAGAAGAGCAUCAUUGUGCUGCACGCCUGCGCCCACAACCCCACCGGCGUGGACCCCAGGCCCGAGCAGUGGAAGGAGAUCAGCGACAUCGUGAAGAAAAGGAACCUGCUGGUGUUCUUCGACAUGGCCUACCAGGGCUUUGCCAGCGGCGACAUUGAUCGUGACGCCUGGGCUGUUCGGCACUUCAUCGAGACGGGCCACAACAUCGUGCUGUCUCAGUCCUUCGCCAAGAACAUGGGACUCUACGGUGAACGUGUGGGAGGCUUUACUGUUGUGUGCAAAGACGCAGAAGAGGCCAAGAGAGUCGAGUCCCAACUCAAGAUCCUGAUCAGGCCGAUUUACUCCAACCCACCGAUAAACGGCGCCAGAAUCGCUGCCACCAUCCUCAACACACCAGACCUGCGCUCGCUCUGGCUGGAGGAAGUCCAUGGCAUGGCCAACCGCAUCAUCAAGAUGAGGGAACAGCUGGUGGCGGGUCUGAAGCAGCAGGGCUCCUCCCACAACUGGCAGCACGUCACCGAUCAGAUCGGCAUGUUCUGCUUCACUGGCCUCAAACCCGAACAGGUUGAGCGCCUGACGAAGGAGUUCUCGGUGUACAUGACCAAAGACGGCAGGAUUUCCAUGGCGGGCGUGACGUCCGCAAAUGUGGGCUACCUGGCAGAGGGGAUCCAUGCGGUCACCAAGUAGAGCAGAUCGCACUGGAAGAAGAACAGAAUCGAAGCUGCUGUGUUGAGGAGCUUUUUGUGUGUCCCUCUGUUCCACCUUUAGAGGACGGGUUGAUGCUUAGUUUCACUUUUUCUCUUCUGGAUUUCAUAAUCAUUUCAACAUGGAACAUUUGUUUUUCUGCAAGUUUUCACUGAACUGAUGCCCCUUUGCCAUUUU